AUGUACAGUAAUAAUAAUAAUAAUAAUAAUAAUGAUAAUGAUAAUGAUAAUGAUAGUAAUACUACAAUAGAUUUAAAUUAUAGUAGUAAUAGUAAUGGAUCAUCAUCGACUGCAACCACAUACAAAAGAGCAUCUGUUUUAAACAAUGAAGACAAUAACGAUACAACUACAACGAAUCUAAUAGAUACAACACUUUUACCUUUAAUAUUGACAAAUAAUAACCUUCAUAGAGAUACAAUAUCAGUGAUCGAUUCUACAACACAUAAAUAUGUACAUGCAAACAAUCAGGUGUGUUGUUGUUCAGAUAUCGAAGCAUUCUUGGAGUUGAUGAAUAAUGAUAAUCCAUACAUCUUGUCUGGUUUUAGAGAACAUACUUCAAAAUCUUAUAAAGAAUGUUUAAAAAUAAAUAUAUGGACACAUUUAAUACCAUCAAUUAUAUAUUUUAUAUUAUUUAUCAAUCGAUUAUUAAACGAUGAAUCAUCUAGAACGAUUCAACAAUCCAAUUACCAUUUCAAUAUUUGUAUAUUUCUAUUGAGUUGCUCCAUCUGUUUUAUGGUGUCUGCAAUCUACCAUACUUUGCGAUCUCAUUCGGUCGCUAUAUUUAAGCUCACAUUAAUGAUGGACGUAUUGGGUAUAGCAUUAUCAAUCAUUGCAUCGGUCAACUUUAUGAUUGGAAGUGAAUUGAUGAGAGAAAAAAAGUUUUCAUUACGUACUUUUAUAUUAUCGGUACUUGCAAGUCAAGGUUUGGUUGCUCAUUUAUUAAGAUAUUAUUUGGAUCAAACAUUACAAUUACAAGUUUUGCAAAGGAUUAUUCUAGCAUAUACAUUUCUUACUUUGGCACUAGUUGUUAGGAAAUUCAAGAUUCCUGAACAAUUACGUCCUGGUAAAUUUGAUAUUUGGUUUUCAAGUCAUCAGAUAUUUCAUGUAUUGGUCGUGAUUGGAACUUAUUUUAUUUACCAUGCAUAUGAAAAUGGAUUAAUGACUUGUCAAGGUUCAGAUCAUAAAUAA